AUCUGGCCCUGGAGAGGAUUCCCGUGUGUGGUUCGUGGCAUCCCUCUCUCGAAGUAUUUAUCUAUACCCAUCUCCCAAGAGCCCUACAUUGCUCUUGGCUUUGCUCUCUCCCCCUCCCUAUCUCGAGCUCCCAAUCCUCUAAUCCACCAUGGUGGCGGGGGCUGCAUCGUCCGCUGUGAUCCCAAUGGCCGCGCUCUCCACCCCGAUGGCUCCCAAGGUCCCCGGAUUCACAGGUCUCAAGGCCACCACGGCUCUCACUGCCAACAAGGGAGGACUCCAAUGGAGCCAGAAGACCGUCGCCAAUGGGAGCCGUGUGAGCUGCAUGCUGACAUGGACGCCUUACAACAAUCCCAGGUUUGAGACGCUGUCGUACCUCCCGGAUCUCUCGCCCGACCAGAUCGCCAAGGAGAUCGACUACAUGUUGAAGAAGGGAUGGUUCCCCUGCCUGGAAUUCUCCGACAAAGGAUACGUGUACCGCGAAUGCCACAAGAGCCCGGGAUGCUACGAUGGCCGCUACUGGACCAUGUACAAGCUCCCCAUGUUUGGCUGCCAAGAUUCCGCCCAGGUGUUGAGGGAGAUCGAGGAGUGCAAGAAGGACUUCCCCACUAGCUUCAUUCGAGUGCUGGGAUUCGACCGGGUCAGGCAAGUGCAAUGCGCGGGAUUCAUCGUCUUCAAGCCAACCUAGAGCUCUAGAAGCUCCAGCUCCAGCUCCAGCGCGCGAGCCGAGCAAGCUUAAUGGAUCGAUCGACGUCGUCUUUGUGCCCACACACAUGAAUCUCUCCCUCCUCCCCUCCACCUCUCUAAGAUAAUGUUUUUGUUUCUUCUCUCCCGGGAUGCAAGCAAUUACCACCACCCCUGUGCAAGAUGACGGGUUUCUCGAGCAUUAAGAAUCAUAUAUUUGAUGACAAUACUUCCAUCUUUC